UGUGAGAGCACAUUCUGACCAGGCAGUGGGUGGGAAUUAGUUUCUUGACCUAUACCAGGGAAAGAAAAGGGAAAGUUAGAACUGACUUUCUUGAAUUCUGGCAAGAAAGGAAAAGAAAGACGUUGUUUCCAGUGAACUUCAUUCCUCCUCCUCAUUCCUAUUCUCUACAAUACUGAAGGCAGAAUGGAUGCUGCAACAACCGAAGACUACACGGAAUACAGCAGUUCGGAGGAAAAGCAAGUACCAGACGGCGGAGACCUGGUUGAGUUUAAUCGUGGCCUGUACAAGCAUUAUGGGGUCGCCGUGGACAGCAAACACGUGGUUCACCUCACAAGUCGAGAUCCAGGGCCUUUUGGUUACAAUUUUUCAUGCAAUGGCCCAAAGGCAGAGGUGAAGAAAGAUCGCAUUUCCCAAGUGGCCUGGAGAAAUAGGUAUAGGGUCCUCAAGAAGCAUGAGCAGACGAAGGACUGUAGAGAUACGGAGGUGAUCGUACGUGAUGCCGAGGACAUGGUGGGGAGGAAAACAAACUACAACUUAUUGGAUAAGAACUGCGAGCAUUUUGCCAGAAAUAUGGUCUUUGGAGAACCAAGAUGUAAACAGGUCCCAAAGGUCCCUGAUGGGGUAAAACUCACAGGUGUUCUGGCAGCAGGGCUUGUGGCUGGUUUUGCCUUAUUCAAGAUUAUUUGAGGUUGACAGAAUCAGCAUUAACAACUCUGGUAUCAAAGGAGGAAGACCAGAGGUCCCCCAAUGUCGUCCUGUGCAACCCAGGUCUGAAUCCUGUGUCUGUUUCCAGAGCUUACACUUCCAGUUUUGAAAACUGGAGGAAGAUGUUAAAUGAAUUAAAAGUGACAAAUACAUGAUAAACAA